GAGGAGAAGAGAGCGCAAGUACCAGGGACUUUGCAGGCUGGGCUCUAGGGCUCUCUUUUGUAUCUGUUUUUACUUAUUUUAUACACUUUGUAGUCGACUGUUUUCCUAAAGCACUUUUGAUAUACCGGCAUCGGAGGUUUUCUGUCAAAUUGGACAGAAUUGGUUGUCGCUAGCUUGCUAACUCUGGAGGAAAUAUAUUUAGUCUGCGAUAAAGCAAACUGAAACAAAACCACAUAGCAAGUGAACCAUCGGAGGAAUAUUCAAUGCUACGUUUUCAACCGUUUUCAUAGCGAUUGCUGUCACCGUGAUCACAUAUCAGACUCUAUAGGUUUAUUAAAAGGAUGACUGCUGUGCUGAAUAUACAGAGGUUACUGGAAGCAGCCGAAUAUUUAGAAAGGAAAGAAAGAGAGUGUGAACAUGGAUAUGCCUCGACUUUUCCGUCUAUUCAGCACUCCAGCUACCAGAGACAAAGAAAAUUCCGAAAUAAAAAGUACAGCAACAACCACAACAGGUCUACGCACAAUGAGCUGGAGAAAAAUCGUCGAGCCCACCUCCGUCUGUGUCUGGAGCGAUUGAAGACUCUCAUCCCACUGGGACCAGACUGCAGCCGUCACACCACACUUGGACUGCUCAACAAGGCCAAAUCACACAUAAAGAAACUGGAGGAAGUGGAGCGCAAGUCUCAGUAUCAGUUGGAUAAUUUAGAGCGAGAGCAGCGUCACCUUCGGAGGCGUCUGGACCUGCUGCGGGGCGGCGGGGGUGUGCUGGAGGGAGAGAGGAUACGCACUGACAGCGUAGGCUCCACUGUCUGCUCAGAGCAAUCCUACCGCUCCGACUCAGACCAAGAAGAGAUGGAGGUGGACGUGGAGAGCACAGAGUUCUCUCAUGGAGAGCUCGACAGCGUCAGUACAGCCAGCACCAGCGAUCUGGACGACCACAGCAGUCUACAGAGCACUGCCAGCGAUGAGGGCUACUCCUCCUGCAGCAUCAAACUGGCCUUCAGCUCAUAAAACAAGCGCCACUUCACACACACAUACACACACUGUCCCAGCCCUCAAAAUGAGUCCUGUCUCCUUGCCACCUAUCGCUCCUUGACCAAUCAGAGACUCUCAUUGAAGUCAGGUGACCAGAACACAGCCCACCCUAAGUAAAAUGCCUGAUUUGUUGUUUAAUGUUUGUGAAUGUAUCCGAGAGAAUAUGAAUGAGAUGGAAACAAUCUGUGAUUGUGAUUUAAUUAAGUUUUAAGAUGGUUUUAUCCCUGAAUGGAAGAGUGUAUGACGCAUUAGACUGAUAAAUAUCAGUGUCGAAACCCUUUUUUCUCCAAAAGGAAAGCUGAAUUGUAUAAAAAAAAAGUUAUAUGUUUUUUUUUAUUUCAAACCCUUGAUUGUUGAUUCUUUACAUGCACGGGUCGUGAACUGGUCACUGGUUAAACAUUCGGCAAAACUUACGAAAUCUACAAAUUGGUACACCUGUGCUCAAUAUCAUCACAAGUAGCCCCGUAUCUGGUUUCAUUUUUGUCUGGUAUGUUUUGUUUUGUUUUUACAUCGCUGCUAAGCAGCAACAAGGACUGUCAUUGGUGCUAUGUGACACAAAACCAGUCAUGCAGAUAAAUCUGCUGUUUCAUCAAAGACAAGGAAACACAACAAUCCCAUGGCUGUGGGAAUAUUGGUGCAUUUAAAUUGUGGACCUCAUCUCCACACAGCAGCUACAACUAAGCAAUCUUGCACUCGACUGCGUAGAGCCCUCCAUAGAACCGAUGCCAUGUCAAACCAACCCCGUGUUUAAAUAGAUGUUUCUCCUGGCAAUAAUAAGCAAUAAACUCCUGUAGUCAGAAUCAACACAUUAGCACUCCAACUUCUGAGACACAAUCCUUGUGUCCGUCCAAAAGAGCAAUGCCAACUUGCUCGCUUUUGUACAUAAAUACAAUAGUUUAAUACAUUUAAAGUUGAACUGAAAAACUGAGUUGGAAAAAAAAGGUAGUUACCCAUGGGUAGAACUAUUGUUGCUGUAUUGUGUGUCUUGUGUUUUGUGCAUUUGAAAUUAUAUUUUUGCAAAGAUUGACUAUCUUCCUCUGAAAGUCUUUCAUGGUGGCAUGUAUUAUUAGUUCAUUAUGCUGGAUGAAACGUCCAGUAGUUUCAAUUCUGUGGCUGCCCGAGGAAUUUUAUGACUUUCUUGAAAAAAAAAAAAAAAAGACAAAAAAAACAAACAACAA